UUUCUGUUGAGCCGAAGCAGCAACGCUUUGCAAUAGAGUGGGGAGGUGGCGAGACAAUGGCGAACAACUCGUACAGCGGGGUGAAGAACUCCAUGGUGGAGGCCAACCACGAUGGAGAGUUUGGCUGCUCGCUCAAAGACCUGCGCUCCCUUAUGGAACUGAGAGGCACAGAGGCGAUAGGCAAAAUUGGGGAAUCUUAUGAGGAUAUUCAAGGACUCUGCCACCGGUUAAAAACAUCACCUAUAGAUGGUCUAAGUGGACAGCCUGGAGACAUCGAGAAGCGGAAAACAGUGUUUGGGGAAAAUUUAAUACCGCCCAAAAAGGCCAAAACUUUCUUACAGUUAGUGUGGGAGGCGCUACAGGAUGUCACACUGAUUAUCCUAGAAGUGGCAGCCAUAGUUUCACUAGGCCUUUCUUUUUAUAGACCUCCAGAUGCCGAAAGAGAACACUGUGGAAGGGCAGCUGGCGGUGUGGAGGAUGAGACUGAGUCAGAAGCAGGCUGGAUCGAGGGCGCCGCCAUUCUUCUGUCAGUUAUUUGUGUGGUGCUGGUGACGGCAUUCAACGACUGGAGUAAAGAGAAGCAGUUUAGGGGCCUCCAGAGCCGCAUCGAGCAGGAACAGAAAUUUACUGUCGUUCGUGGAGGACAAGUUAUUCAAAUUCCUGUGGCUGAGAUCGUGGUCGGCGACGUUGCACAAGUAAAAUAUGGUGACCUUUUGCCUGCCGACGGAGUCCUCAUCCAAGGCAACGAUCUGAAGAUCGACGAGAGCUCCCUCACAGGAGAGUCGGACCUGGUCAAGAAAACGCUAGUAAAAGAUCCAAUGCUGUUAUCAGGCACCCAUGUAAUGGAAGGCUCAGGGAAAAUGUUGGUCACUGCUGUGGGUGUCAACUCUCAAACUGGAAUUAUCUUCACUUUACUUGGGACCGCUGAGGAGGAUGAAGAAGAAGAGGAGGAAAAGAAAAAGGAGAAGGAGGAGAAGAAGAAACAGAGAAAAAACAAGAAGCAGGAAGCAUCUGUGGAAAAUCGUAAGAAAGCUAAAGCACAGGAUGGUGCUGCGAUGGAAAUGCAGCCGCUGAACAGUGAUGAGGGAGGUGAUUCAGAUGAGAAGAAGAAAGUCAGCCCGCCGAAAAAAGAGAAGUCUGUUCUUCAGGGCAAACUGACCAAACUAGCCGUGCAGAUUGGCAAAGCAGGACUGGUUAUGUCAGCCAUCACUGUCCUCAUCCUGGUGGUGCUGUUUGUAGUAGACACCUUCUGGAUCCAGAAUCUGCCCUGGGUCAAGGACUGCACACCCAUUUACAUUCAGUUCUUUGUGAAAUUCUUCAUCAUUGGCGUCACUGUUCUGGUGGUGGCUGUUCCCGAAGGCCUGCCCCUUGCUGUAACAAUCUCCCUGGCAUACUCGGUCAAGAAAAUGAUGAAAGACAACAACCUGGUGCGUCACUUGGAUGCCUGUGAGACUAUGGGCAAUGCUACCGCCAUCUGCUCUGACAAGACUGGUACGCUCACCAUGAACCGCAUGACUGUGGUGCAGGCCUUCAUCGCUGAAAAGCACUACAAGAAGGUCCCUGAACCGGACAACAUCCCCUCCUCCAUUUUAGACCUGCUGAUUCUGGGCAUCGCAGUCAAUUGCGCCUACACUACUAAGAUCAUGCCUCCAGAGAAAGAAGGCGGCCUGCCACGGCAAGUGGGUAACAAGACCGAAUGUUCCUUGCUUGGCUUUUCAACUGAACUGAAACGCGACUACCAGACUAUACGCAACGAGAUCCCCGAAGAGAAACUAUACAAAGUCUACACCUUUAACUCAGUCCGCAAGUCUAUGAGCACUGUGUUGAAGAUGGCUGAUGGCAGCUACCGUAUGUUCAGCAAAGGGGCCUCAGAAAUUCUCCUAAAAAAGUGCUAUAAAACCCUGAUGGCAAAUGGUGAGCCCAAGGUGUUUCGCCCACGGGACAGAGAUGACAUGGUUAAGAAAGUGAUCGAGCCCAUGGCCUCAGAGGGCCUGAGGACCAUCUGCCUUGCAUACAGAGAUUUCCCCGUCUCUGAGGGUGAGCCUGACUGGGACAAUGAAAAUGACAUCCUCUCUGGACUGACCUGCCUCAGCGUGGUGGGCAUUGAAGACCCUGUGAGACCUGAGGUCCCAGACGCCAUCAAGAAAUGCCAGCGCGCUGGUAUCACAGUGCGGAUGGUGACUGGGGACAACAUCAACACAGCUCGAGCCAUCGCCACCAAGUGUGGUAUCCUACUGCCUGGAGACGACUUCAUCUGCAUCGAGGGAAAAGAGUUCAACCGAAGGAUACGCAACGAGAAAGGAGAGAUUGAACAAGAACGCAUUGACAAGAUCUGGCCCAAACUACGAGUACUGGCUCGCUCUUCCCCCACAGACAAACACACCUUAGUGAAAGGUAUCAUCGACAGCACAGUGAUAGAACAAAGACAAGUGGUUGCAGUGACAGGAGAUGGCACCAAUGACGGUCCCGCCUUGAAGAAAGCUGAUGUUGGCUUUGCCAUGGGCAUCGCCGGCACAGAUGUAGCCAAGGAGGCAUCUGACAUCAUCCUGACUGACGACAAUUUCUCCAGCAUCGUCAAGGCCGUCAUGUGGGGACGCAACGUCUACGACAGCAUCUCCAAGUUCCUCCAGUUUCAGCUGACUGUCAAUGUGGUGGCUGUCAUCGUAGCAUUUACAGGAGCCUGCAUCACACAGGACUCUCCACUGAAAGCAGUCCAGAUGUUAUGGGUCAACCUCAUCAUGGACACUUUUGCGUCACUAGCCCUGGCCACAGAGCCCCCUACAGAAGCCCUGCUGCUAAGGAAGCCAUAUGGCCGCAACAAGCCUCUCAUCUCCCGCACAAUGAUGAAGAACAUCCUGGGUCAGGGAGUGUUCCAGCUAGUCAUCAUCUUCACUCUGCUGUUUGCCGGAGAGAAAAUAUUUGAUAUUGACAGCGGCAGGAAUACACCCCUCCACGCCCCCCCUUCUGAACACUACACCAUUGUCUUCAAUACCUUUGUACUGAUGCAGCUUUUCAACGAGAUCAAUGCCCGCAAGAUCCACGGUGAAAGGAAUGUCUUUGAAGGCAUCUUCAACAACCUUAUCUUCUGUAGUAUUGUCUUUGGUACCUUCAUUAUCCAGAUCGUCAUAGUGCAGUUUGGUGGGAAGCCGUUCAGCUGUGUGGCUCUGACCAUCGACCAGUGGCUAUGGUGCACUUUCUUAGGCUUUGGCUCUCUACUAUGGGGACAGGUAAUCUCCUCGAUACCCACCAGCCGCUUAAAAUUCUUGAAAUCGGCGGGCCACGGCACCCAGAAAGAUGAGAUUCCAGACGAGGAGCUGGACGAGCUGGACGACAAUGAUGAGAUUGACCACGCCGAGCGGGAGCUUCGCCGUGGCCAGAUCCUCUGGUUCCGAGGCCUCAAUCGCAUCCAGACUCAGAUGGAUGUAGUGAGUGCGUUCCAGAGUGGAACUUCCUUUCAGGGGGCUCUAAGGCGGCAGGCCUCCAACUCCAGCCAACAACAGCACGAUAUCCGGGUGGUGAAUGCAUUCCGCAGCUCCAUCUCCCUCUAUGAGGGGCUGGAGAAGCCCGAUUCGCGAUCAUCAAUCCACAACUUCAUGACCCACCCUGAAUUUCGGAUAGAGGACUCUGAGCCCCAUAUUCCCCUCAUAGAUGACACCGACGCGGAGGACGACGCUCCCACCAAGCGUAACUCCGCCAGCCCCCGCAACGCUACACCCACGCCGCCCUCACCCUCACCCACUACCGUCGCCCCCACCACGCCGGUCUCUCCCUCCCCAAACCAGAACAAUAACGCUGUGGAGAGCAGUAACCACCUCCUCCCAGAGGGCCCCAAAUCAGGAACCCCCUCGGCCCCAGGGAGCCCCCUACACAGCCUGGAGACCUCCCUUUGAUCUGACCCCGCGCCACGCGUCACCACCAACUUUCUACCCGCCGCCAAGGAGCUCAACUCAGACAGAAGGAACGAACACUUGGAGAAGAGAAGGGCUAGAAGGAGAGCGGAGUCUUGUGUGAGCUCGGUUGGGCUGGACUAAAGAACAGCAAACAUUCAGAGGAAUGUCCGGCUUGGUGUGGAUGCUUUGGUCUAUUUUUUUUUUUUUGGUUCUUAUUAUUACCCCCGCUGCAACACAAGGACUCUGUCUCCACCCCUCCCUCCUUGGUAACUUUUGUUUUUCUCCGUAAACAAGGGGUGAUUAUAAACUCAGAUUGAAAGUGACCUGUUUUUAUUAUUCUAUUAUUAUUAUUUUAAUUGAGAAGAGGAGGUCCUCCUCCCGGCUUGAAGAGCGUCUGUAAGAAUUAUGAAAGAACCUUUUAGCUUCUCUUAUCUGAAUGGUGUUGUAUAUUUAUCUCUUUGGCCCUUGCUCAUUCAAAACUUAUUUCUGCUCCAUUGGCUGUUAAUAUUUUGAGUUAUUUAUGUUUUUGGAAAAAGCAGGUCUGUUUACAAAGUUUGUAGAUACUUUUUUUCUGUUUGUAGGCAAAAGAGCUUCCUGAUGUAUGAUGCAGAAAACUGGGACAGAAUAAAAAAUGAAUGAGAGGAUUAUUCCAGAUACUGCUGUAUUGUCAGGAAAGAAAAGGGUGUUUCUAUUGAAACUUAACUAUUUUUGCCUGCAAGUUUUAUUUGUUAUAUAUUUGUAGAUAAAUGUAGAACCUUCUAGCCAAACUGAUAAACACUAAGGCUUGUAUAGAAAAGAGGUCCAGCAGGUGAGGUGUUUUCACGGGAGACGGGACGGGAAAGACUAUUCGGGCCUCUUGUCCACUAACAUUGCUAUAAAUAUUUACUUCUUCCAUUUCUUCGAUAGUUUUCAUGUGCACAAAACCUUCUGGAGUUCUGGAUUCUCUUUUCAUUCAUUAUGUUGUGUUCAAGGAUUUCCACAUGUUGAAAGGUUCACUCAUUAAAGGGAGUUAAGAAAUAUAUCUAGGCCCGUAUUUAGCAAGCAUCUCAGACUGACACCAAGAAUCAUGCUGAAACAAAGUCUUACCUCGGAGUGGGACAUGAGGUCCUUAUGAAGCCUCCUACAGUCGCUUUCAGCAGGAAGUACAAGUUGUCCUUUUAGAUUUUUGUGGUUUUACAACACUUUGCACCGUAAAAUGAAAAUGUCUUCUUGUAGUAGUUAUUAGUUCUAUUUAAAAGCGUCUGAUCCAGAUUAUUUGAUGCAGGGAAAACGUGUGGGUGUAUGACUAAUUUAUGCAUGCAAAGCUAAAAAUCUGUUUUAUUCAAAGUUCAUUAAACACUAAAAAUGUUUUUUUUUUUUUUCCCAAAGUAAUGCUGUAUUGCUGUAUUCAGCCAGUGCGUUUAUUUAUUUUACAAUAAGAAGUUCAUAUACACUAAACGUGAAUGUGCCUUGGCUACAAUAACAAUUUAGACGAUGCUUUGUCCCAUCAUUUGCCACCUGCAGGUAACUCCUCACAGAUAAAACACUGUUACUCCUACAGCUAAACGUAGGACCAAAUACACUUCAUCCUGAUCAUUCUGGACCAGUUGUGAAUCAUUUUCUCUCUGGAUGCUUGAUAAAUAUGGAUCCUGGUCAUUUUUCUCUUUUUUUUUUUUUUUAUUUAACCGGUGCAUUUGAUUUCUUCUUUUUGAUUUUUCUCAGAAAAACGCCCCCCCCCCCCCCCCCCCUGCCAAUGUACAAUAUUGACAUCUGUUGACUCAGGCAUAGAGAAAGUAUUUAAUUUAAAAAGGAAUCUGUAAAGAAAGAACCUUUUAACUUCAGACUUUGUGUAUUUAGAUAGCGAAACAUUGUCUUGGUAAAAAAAAAAAAAGAAAAGUGAAUUAUUUUCAUAUUUAAUUAAAUUUUUAAGAUCAUGCCUUAGGAAAAACUUAAAUUUACUCCUCCGAGUUCUGGUUUGUUGACAUUUUAAAAAUCAAAAACGGAGGGGGGAAUAAAAUGCUUCUUCUUCUUUCUUUCUUUUCUCCAACCCGGUCCAUAAGACUCCUUUCACCGUGGAUAAAUGUUACUGCAUUUGAUUUGUUUGUAAAAUAUUUUUGACACCUGAUGUACUGGAAACGCUAAAGAAUUGGACAUGUGCAUUUUUCAAGAAUAAAGACUAGGCAUACACUGGUAUCUAUCUGCACAGGGUACUUUAUUUCAUAGCGUUCCUUAGGGAAAACAAUUUUGAUACAAAUCCAUAAUAAAAAGUAUACCUUUGUAUUUUUAUGACAGCACUGAUGAUGAUACCUUUCAUCGCACUAAACCAAUUUUGGAUGAUUUGACACCAAUCACGUUAUAUGGGGAGGGUUUUGGCCACUAAAAUGUGUGUUGUUCUGGAAUAUUCAUCUCAGGGUGCAAAUGAUGUGAAAGAGAACAGGCCUCUUUUAGUUUGUAUAUUAACACACUUAAUUAAAUGUUUGGGACGGUGCUUGUCAACCACACAGGAAGACUCGGGCAGCAGGCUGCAGAUUCUUCCUGCAGCCUUCUGGCCAUCUUCACCUGAGGGGCUGUGGACGGGAAGGAAGUGGAGAUGUUAAAUCACAACGUUCCCUGAGGAAAUACUUAGUUUUACUUGUUUUACAGAUGAUAAAAUAGCAGCUAGGAUUGCAUACAAAGUGAGAAAUUGAAAAGGCAAGCAGAAUCCAUAUGAGGAGUUUGUUCUGUAGCUUCUUCCUGUAAUGGGAAUGAAUGUUUUUCCAUCUGUUUUAUGGAUUAUUAUUUUUUUAUCUUUUAACAUUUGGAAAUAAAAGUACUUCAUAUCUGUUUAUCUUGAGCAUUUUAAAUGGAUAUCGUGAUUGGAUUUACAUUUGAAACUUGUCGAGUAAUGUGUAUGGUUUUUAAAAAUAAAAAAUGUAUUUAGCCUAA